AGAAUCAGAACAACAGUCACACAGGAGGAGUCGUUCAGCGUGUCGGCUCAUCUUUUCUCUUUUCUGUCAUAGCAUGUCCGGGUUGAAAUAUGGACUUUAUUAGGUUUAUAUAGUUGGUUUAUGUCAUUCAGCGGCGCUUGCGUGCCCGUAGAUGCAGCGCCUCCGCAGGGAAGCUUUUGAUCAGUGAAGCUAUCAGUGGAAAAUUACACCCCGCCAAAGCAAGCAUGGCCUCUGAUAUCAACUAUCAGGAUGGCCCAGACUUCUCUAGAAGAGACGAGAGUCCGACUGAAGACGAGCCCAUCCAUUCGCCUGGUUCACGACAAACAGAAUAUGAACGAAUCGGGGGCAGAACUGGAUCCUCUGUUUUACAGACCAUCAUUCAUUUACUGAAAGGGAAUAUUGGCACUGGGCUGCUCGGUUUGCCUCUGGCUGUCAGGAACGCAGGACUCCUGGUUGGGCCGUUAAGUCUUCUGAUCAUGGGGAUUGUGGCUGUGCAUUGCAUGAACCUUCUUGUCAAAUGUGCACAUCAUCUAAGCGCAAAGUUGGGCAAGCCAUUUGUUUCCUAUGGUGAUGCUGUGGAGUAUGGGAUGGAGAACGUGUCGUGGCUAAGCAGACACUCUAUAUGGGGAAGACAUGUGGUGAAUUUGUUCCUCAACAUUACUCAAUUGGGCUUCUGCUGUGUGUACUUUGUGUUCCUCAGUGACAAUGUCAAACAGGUGGUUGAGACUGCUAAUGCGACCACCGGGAACUGUCACAACAAUGAGACCGCAGUGCCAGUGCCCAGCUAUGACUCUCGACUCUACAUGGUCUUCUUCCUGCCCUUCAUCAUCUUGUUGGUUUUCAUCCGCAACCUCAAGUAUUUGGCUCCUUUGUCGUUUGCAGCAAACCUUUGCAUGUGUGCCAGCCUGGUCCUCAUAUACUACUACUGUUUGACGAAUAUCCCAAACCCCAUCAACCUCCCGCUGGCAGGAAGAGGAGCUGACUAUCCGCUUUUCUUUGGAACCGCAAUAUUCGCCUUUGAGGGAAUUGGAGUUGUGCUGCCACUUGAGAAUAAGAUGCAGAAUCCCAGAAACUUCACCAAGGUCCUGUAUCUUGGCAUGGGCAUCGUCACAUUUCUCUAUAUCUCUCUGGGAACCAUCGGCUAUAUUGGCUUUGGAGAAGAAAUUCGGGGCAGCAUCACAUUAAACCUACCGCUCUGCUGGUUAUAUCAGAUCGUGAAGCUGCUUUACUCUUUUGGUAUCUACAUCACCUACGCGCUGCAGUUUUACGUGUCAGCAGAAAUCUUGAUCCCGCCGGCGGUGGCGCGAUGUGGUCCCAGAUGGGCAUUGAUUGUAGACCUCAGCAUCCGCGUGGCUCUCGUAGGCCUCACAUGUGCUCUUGCCAUAUUGAUCCCGGAGCUGGACCUGGUCAUCUCUCUGGUGGGCUCUGUGAGCAGCAGCGCUCUGGCCCUCAUCAUUCCUCCUCUGCUCCAGAUCAUCACCUUCCACAAUGAAGACAUGAAGCCCUGGGUGUUUGCCAAGGACAUCCUCAUCAGCGUCCUGGGCUUUGUGGGCUUCAUUGCAGGAACAUACACCUCCAUCCAGGAGAUUGUGGCCCGAAACGGUGACAGACACAACAGUACAGUUCUGUGAGUGUUGCCAGAGCCACCGAGUAAAUGUAGGCCAUACAGAGACCCGCUGAAUCAUUUACUCACUACAUGCUCCUUUGAUUUCUGCUGGAGUCCGCUUGGGAUUUUUCCUACUGGACGUCUCUUGAUGGCUCAUGGAUUUUUUAUGAGGUUUGCAGCACUGAAGUCUCUUCAUGUCAAGAUUUAUGAGUUAAUCUUUAUAUGGUUUAUUUCAAUGUUUUGUUUACAGUGUAUUAUCGUCUGUAGAAUUUUUUUAUUUCAUUUUCAGGUCCAUGUGCUUUACUCAUGAGUAGGGCCAGACAGAAUCUGCGGACAUCUUUAGCUAUUUCUGCACAGAAUAUUGUGAAAAACCUGCAGAUUUAUGUGGAAUGAUUUUGGCAGUAUUGUAACCAAAAACUUAAUGUAUAUACCAUAUAUAUAUAUAUAUAUAUAUAUAUAUAUAUAUACCAUAUAUCUACUAAAAGACAGAAAUUACUACUUUACAAACUGUAUUGUAAGUAAAUCAUAUGAACAUUUUCAUAUUAGUCCGUAAUGUCACUGAAAUUAAUUUAAAAACUGAAUAAACAUAAAUUUACACACAACUAAAUAAAUAGAUUCAAUGAUGGGCUGAAAAUCUGCUGAUUUCUGCGUGCGCAGUUUCCGUGUGGGCCUACUCAUGAGUGUUUCCAAAAGUGAAAUGGAAAAGAAGUGAUGUAAACAGCGAUUUCUGCUUGUAAUAGUGUUCUUAGGGCUUUUGUUUUUAAGACCAAAAGAAGGUUGCAUUUGCAUAUUAGACUCCACCUAGACUUGAUUGUAAAUAUUUGGAGAAUCCAGUUGAAGUGCAGAAUAUUUUACUGUAUUAUACUGUACUGUAUUUUACUGUAUUAAUAUUUCACUGUAUAUUGGCACAAGUAAAUAAUACCUGGUACUGCUCUGUCUCAAGCGAGAUCAGUGCUGUUAAAGCAAAUGUGUUCUGCAUUCGUUUAUGUAAUAGUUGAUUUUUUUUAUGAUCACUAAUGAUCUCACUCAUCAAACAAUCCUAUCAUUUGAAAAAUAUCCAAAAGAUUUCAUCAGCAACUUGUUUUGCUGAUAAAUCAGUUUAUAUAAAUUAAGAUUGUUCUACCCUUUUUAUCCUGAUGCUGUUGUGUUAAACAAAUAUACACAUAUGACGCGACGGUAAUAGUCACUUUGAACUGUCACCUACUGUACAGGUACAUUUUUCCAGGAACAUUCUACAACCUGAACUGUACUGGACUUUAUUUUUAUUUGAAAACGAUCUCUUUUGUUCUGUAAGUUGAUCAUACAACAUGACUGUUAUUUGAACAGAAAAAAGAAAGGAAGUCAAAAAGUAUUUAUCCAGAUCACAAAAUUAUUAUAGAUAAUCACUCAGAUGUGAGAACUUCUUAUUAUAAGAUUUGCAGUACAUUUAAAGCCACUUCAGACCAACUGGAGUGAGAGUUUUUGUCAUUUUUAAGGGAUAGUUCAGCCAAAAAUGAAAAUUCUGCUAUCAUUUACAUUACUCAGUUUUCUAACAUAAGUUUAUUUCUUCUGUUAAACAUGAAAAAACAUCCUUAAUAUAUGUAUUCUUACUGUGGAAGCCACUUGAGUGUGAGUAAAUAUUGAGGAAAAGUUCAUUUUGGGUGAACUAUCCCUUUACCUAAGCAAUUUUAAUGCUUAACACUUACGUUAUAUUGUUGAUGUUACUUGAACAUUUUUGCAAAAAUUCUUUUCACUUUGCUUAAUACAAAUUUGCUGUAAACUGUAUAUUGAGUGCCAAAGUUAUUAACUGUAGAGUUGCUUGUGUAUAUAUACAGUAUGUACAGUAUAUACACUACCGGUCAAAAGUUUGGGGACAGUUUUUUUUUUUUCAUGGUUUUAUUUUAAAGAAAUUAAUUCUGUUCAUCAAGGCGGCAUUUAUUAAAUGCAAAAAAAAAUAUUUAAUAUUUAUUAUAAAUUGUAAUAACUGCUUUCUCAUUGUAUGUAGUUUCAAAUGAAAUUUUUACUCCAGUCAUUAUUGCUUUUAUUAUACAUUAAUAAUAAUAAUAAUAUUAACAAUAGUAAUAAUAAUAAUUGUUAUUAAUAUUUGAGUGAUUUCUGACGACUCUGGAGUAAUGAAGCAGAAAAUUCAUCAUUAAAAUCACUGAAAUAAAUUAUUGAAUAAACAAACUACUUUUGAACAGUUAUAUUAUAGUGCAAAAACAUUUCACAAUUUUACAAUUUGUACUGUAAUUUUGAUCAAAUAAAUGCAGCCUUGGUGAGCAGGAGAAGCUUAUUUUAAAACAUUUAAAAAUCCUACUGACCCCAAGCAUUUUACAGCUAGUGUACACUGUACUAUGUUGAAUGUCAAUUGACUGAAGCUUCUGUAAGUGCAGUCUUGUUUGUUUUGUAUUUGCUGUUUCUUGGAUUUUGCCUUAUUGUACAAAUGCUUCAAAUAUUUUGCUGCUCUCACAAUGUUAAAAACGAAGGUAUUUCUAUUGUAAAACCUUAAAAUGAGUGAAAUAAUGUAAGACUGUAACUCUAAAAGGGGAGAUACAUCACUUUAUAGUUGUAGAUGUUGAACGUAAGUUUCACUGGUCCACUGGUUGUUUCCUCAUUGUAUCUUUCUAGUUUCUAGUGCAGGCCUUGACAGCUGGAAAGUGCUCUGUGGUUGAAUUAAAGAACAGAUAGCCUGCUUUGAUGUUUAUAA